AUGGCCCCGCCGGGGCCAUUAUUCCACCCUCCCCCUCCAGCCUCGGUGGCGAUUGGAGAUGAUCUUUGGCAACUGGCUCGUGUGAAGAUGCAAACCUCUCUGUAUGCCAAAUUCCUUGGCAAAUCUCUUCCUCUGGACCAAGUUAAGUUAGCCUUGGCGGAUGCUUGGAGAGAUCUGGGAACUUUCACUAUGGAUGAUCUCCCCAAUGGCUUCUACUAUGUCUGUUGUGAAACUCCUGAAAUGCAGAAUCGCCUCCUUUGGGAUGGCCCCUGGAUGGUUGCUGGUCGCAUCCUUCAACUGACUCCCUCGUUUGAAUCCUUUCAACCGGCCUUUGAGAAACUUGCCCUGGCUGCAGUUUGGAUCCAAAUCUACCACCUUCCUAUAGAGUUAUGGGAAAAGGAAAUCCUAGAGGUGAUUGCUUCUCAGUUUGGUAGGAUUCUUAAGGUCGAUGAGCAUAUCCUUGAUCACUCGAGAAUGAGAUAUGCCAGAAUUUGUGUGGAGCUUGAUCUUAGUAGACCUCUUCAGCAAGGCACCUGGGUGAAAUAUGGCGAUUUCUCUGUUUUUGUUCUUGUUUUAUAUGAGAAAUUACUUGUUUUCAGUUACAGAUAUGGAACGGUAGGUCAUGGUAAAGCUCACUACGCUGUCAGCAAUCCCUAG